CUGAUUCUGUAUCAUUUCCAUUCCCUAGAUAAUUCCGAAGAUAGUCCAGAAGUCCGCUUCAUAUGCGGAACAGCUGUUCCACUCAAAGUUGAGCUUCCAACCCAAAUUCCUGUGGGACUUCAACUCAUUGGAGCAAAAAUAAAGUCAGGAAUUCAUCAUGCCGUACUGUGUUCUUGCUCAUCGAUUACCAAGGGUACACGAUAUGGUCCUUACAACGGAACGGCAGUUAAACCGUCAGAUACCGCCAAUGGUGGUGAUACCGCUUUUAUGUGGGAGGUGAGAAAUGAAUGAAAGGUUACAGAGUACACUAAAAGAACACAGGGAUUCUGAUUUUCUCUUGCUCUUCGUAGAUGAGUUAACAUAACAUAUACCAUCAACUGACCUUGUUUGCAAAAUAUCUAUUUUUACCGUUCGUGUGAGGUUUUGUUUUUCAGAAGGUUGUUUUAUUGUCGUAUCAUUCAUGGAAUGUAAUUUUCGCUUUUUAAAGCCCCAGGGGCUCCCUGGUGAAGUUAUGAGGUUUCAAGCGUUCGUCGAAGCCAAUAAAUGAUAUUUCGCUUUGAGGAAGGGCUAACGUUCGAAACUUCAGAUUCAGAAAUUAUUUUGGGUGACCAAUUUUCAUUAUCAACUCUACCAAAUUAUUAUAAAUUAUUAUAACACCAAAUUAUCUCGUGCAUGACCGAGUUUCGAAUUACUUCACAAGAAUGUUAAACGCUCAUUUAAUUGGUUGACCAAGUAAGAAGUCAUGACGUCACGUCCAUAUGAACCACAGGACAAGGGGAACAGUAGAUGCCUUGAUUUACCAAAGUAUCACGCUAAAACGUGCAUUACGAAAGAAUUCCUUUGUUUAUGACCACAAAACCUUGAAUUUUUGUCACAUUUUCACAAGGUGUUCAGUGACAGGGGACUCAGCCAUUAUAUUGAUGGAAAAAACGAACGCGAAAACUGGAUGAAGUUUGUCAACUGUGCUAGACAUGAUGGCGAGCAGAACCUAGUGUUAGUUCAAGAUGGCGACCAGAUAUUUUACGAGUGUUGUCGGAAUAUUUCGAUGGGUGAAGAGCUGCUGGUUUGGUACGGUGAUUGCUAUUUCCAGACCAUGGGUAUUCCCGUCGGACUCAAAAUUGGUGCCUCAAAGAAUGAAAUUAAACAAAAGGAGUUGACAGGUACGUUAAACAGCGAUGUGGCGGAUACUGACUAUUCACUCAAUUUCUCUUUUUUUUUGCGCUUUAUCUUAUGAUUAUGUUAGAACCAAUGGUAACUAAGAUCACCAGGGUUAAUUGUAUCAUGUUUCUAAAUAACCCUUAUCUAUUUCCUUAUUGCUCAUCAGAUCCGUCAACUGAAUAUUCAUGUGAACGUUGUGGUAAAGUGUUUGCCUACAAAUAUUACCGUGACCGCCACCUUAAAUACACCCGAUGCGUUGAUCAAGGCGAUCGUAAGUUCCCGUGUACUGUCUGUAAUCGAUCCUUUGACAAACGGGAUCGGCUUCGUAUCCACGUCCUCCAUGUUCACGAAAAGCACCGUCCCCAUCAGUGCACAGAGUGUGGAAAACGCUUCUCUCAGUCAUCCAGCCUCAAUAAACACAUGAGGGUUCACAGCGGAGAAAGACCUUACAAGUGUCCGCAUUGUGUUAAAGCGUUUACCGCUUCCUCCAUUCUCCGGACACACAUUCGUCAACACAGCGGAGAAAAGCCGUUCAAGUGCAAGCACUGCGAACGUGCAUUUGCGUCACAUGCAGCACAUGACAGCCAUGUGCGCCGCACCCACACGAAGGAAAAGCCUUGUGUUUGUGAAUAUUGCGGCAAGGCCUUUGCACAAUCUUACGAACUUAAGUUUCAUAUCAACAUGCACACAGGAGCCAAGCCCUACACCUGUGAGAAGUGUGGCAGGGCAUUUUCAAGUCCUUCAUCACGUGACCGACACCGCGCUAAUUUUGACUGCAUCACAAGAAAGAAUCGAGCGCCAAAAGUCAUGCGCAAGAACCAACUUUCAAAUGUACCAUGA